UUUGGUAGGGUAAAUUGAGAGAUCGCAAUCAGAAAAAAUGGGGCCAUGAGAGUUGAAUGUGGUUGGAAACUUGUCUUUGUAUAAUACUGAAAAUAUUAUUAAAAUUUGAAGCAAACUCUAUAAACAAAAUUUAGAUCUUUGUAGAUCUAAAUUUUAUUCCACCACACAACCACCCCCACCCCCAUCACCGCCACUGCCACUGCCACCGUCAUUUUCAGGCAAUGACAUGUUAAGUGUAGUUUGAUGUUGUCUGUCUGAACCUUAAAAUUUAAGGUUUGAGGUAUUCUUAAAAAUUGGUUCUUACAUAUAUUUCUUGAUUUGAAGCUGAUAAAGUUUCAAUCUUUGCAUCUGGAUUUUCAAACUGUGCAUACAAUAUAAUGGUGGCUGCAAAUGGGCUAGUUCUUCCAAUUCUAGGGUUUGCUUCAUGUAUAGCAUUCAUUUACAUGUCUUUUGGAGAUUUUAAACUUAGUUAUCGUCGCGGCCCGCAUUUAGACUUUGUGACCAGGAAUGGAACUCAGUUUAUGGUGGAUGGUAGACCUUUUUAUAUCAAUGGGUGGAAUUCUUUUUGGUUUAUGGAUCAUUCUGCUGAAGGAGAUAGGAAACCUAGAGUGAGUGCAAUGUUGCAAGCUGGUGCAAAGAUGGGUCUUACUGUUUGUAGAACAUGGGCCUUUAAUGAUGGUGAUUAUAAUGCUCUUCAAAUCUCCCCUGGAAAAUUCGAUGAGCGUGUCUUUCAGGCAUUGGAUCAUGUCAUUGCAGAAGCAGGACAACAUCGAGUCAGGCUGCUUCUAAGUUUAGUCAACAAUUUAAAAGCAUAUGGUGGAAAAACUCAGUAUGUGAAGUGGGCAUGGGAAGAAGGCAUUGGCAUGAGCUCAUCAAAUGAUUCCUUCUUCUAUGAUCCAACCAUCAAAAAAUACUUCAAGAACUAUAUAAAGACUAUGCUGACCAGGAAAAACACCAUAACGGGGAUUGAGUAUAGAAAUGAUCCAACCAUCUUUGGAUGGGAGCUGAUAAAUGAACCUCGUUGCAUGACUGAUCCUUCAGGUGACACACUUCAAACUUGGAUAGAGGAAAUGUCACGUUUUGUUAAAUCAAUUGACAAGAAACAUCUACUGACUGUCGGGUUGGAAGGAUUUUAUGGUCCUAAGAACCCCAAGAGAUUAACUGUCAAUCCAGAAGAUUGGGCGUCUACACUCGGAUCUGAUUUUAUUCGCAAUUCCAAGGUCCCAGAAAUUGAUUUUGCCUCCGUUCAUGUAUAUCCUGAUCAUUGGAUUCAAAAUCAAGGAUUUGAAGAAAAACUGGCAUUUGUCCAGAAGUGGAUGCAAUCGCACAUUGAAGAUGGUCAUUAUGAACUCAAUAAGCCAGUUUUUUUCACCGAAUACGGAUUCUCUAACCUGAACAAGGACUUUCGGCCAGAUCAACGUGAUCGGUUCUACAAAACUGUGUUAGACAUUGUCUAUAAAUCAGCAAAGAAAAAUCGAGCUGGGGCAGGCGCAUUGGUGUGGCAAUUGUUCAUCGAAGGAAUGGACGAGUUUAAUGACGAUUUCGGGAUUGUGCUGUGGGAGAGGCCAUCGACAUACAGAUUUGUAACCGAGCAAUCAUGCAGACUGGCUAGACUCCAAAGGAACCCCCAACCAAAUAAAUAUCUGAAAGAGCUCUGUUUGCAGAGAGAGUAGAAUUGUAUUUCUUCUGUAGGGAAUGUGUUUGUGGUGCCAGAUUGCCGACGAACGGAUGCGAGUCAUCAUCAUUUUGUACCAUAUUCUUCUCAGUUCCACACAAAAUAUGUAAUUCAUAUUAGAUUACGCGAGUAUAGGUGAUAUUGCAAGAGAGAUUAUAUACAUCUGCACAAUUCUGUUGUUAGAAACUUAUAAGAGAUAAUAUGCGUUUAUUGCCUGUCGUCAAAGAAAGAUAAAAUAUGGUGCAAUUCAUUUGUAGAGUU